UUAGGUCAGGCUGGCAUGUCCAGUCGUGAAUUUAAAGCUGCCUAGACCUCGAUUUAUUUUAAAGUUUUAACUUUUAAUAUUUAUUUAUGUUAUGUAAUCAGAAUUUCUAAGGAAGGACUGUUGCAUACGUCAACCAUCCUAGUAGUUUAAGAAAAAUUAAAAAUGGAUGAUACACACAGUCGUCUUGGUAGAGAGUUCUUUGAGAAAAGUGGUGAAAAGCUUAGCAGAGCUCUGAUUGGCCAGAUUUUGGUGCGUUUGUCUGAUGGGAAGCGAUUGGCUGGCCGAAUAGUUGAGACAGAAGCCUACCUGGGACUUGUGGACAAGGCAGCUCACUCGUUCAAAGGCAAAACUGCGCGGUGUGCAGCCAUGUUUAAGGAACCUGGGACAGCCUACGUUUAUAAUAUAUAUGGGAUAUACUGCUGCAUGAACAUUUCCAGUCAAGGUGAUGGUUGUGCCGUUCUUCUCCGAGCUCUCGAGCCUGUAGAAGGUAUCAAUGAAAUGGCCAUGUUUCGUUGGCCAAAGCCAAAACCUCGUUUCAAGGUCAAGGACUUGUGUAACGGUCCCUCCAAGCUGUGUCAGUCACUCUCCCUCAGCAAGGUGAACUUUGACCAGCACGAUCUGGUGAGUGAUGAAAACCUGUGGCUGGAGAAAGGUGGAGUGGUUCCUGAUUCCAUGGUGGUGCAGACAAAGAGAGUGAACAUUGACAAAGCUGAGGAGUGGUCAAGUAAACCUCUGAGGUUCUAUGUACUUCACAACGAGUUUGUCAGUGUCAGGGACAAAGAAGCUGAGAGACAGAUGGAGGGAGCAGGGAUGUGAUACCCAUCUCGAAAUAAAAGCUGAACCAUCUUUAUCAAGAGCACUGAUGAUGUACCUGAUACAUCUGUGACCAUCAGGAGCUUGAUACAGAAGCACACACACAUGUUAAAUAAUGUCUUACACGUAUGAUUGGAUUAUAAAUUAUGUGAGAUUUGUGCAAUGGGAUGGAUUAUCAUUUUAUUUUAAACCAUCUACUGAUGAUGCUGCACCCAAUGGAGAAGGUGCUGUCUGAUUAAUGAAGUUAUUGUUGUUGAUUAGAAACGGAACAGUUUUGUAGCAAUGAUACAAUAUGGUGAAUCAUUUAUACUGAAAGAGAAACAGUUUAUGUAUGUAAUGUGAACUGAUAAACUGUGCUGGCUGAGCAAGUAUUUCCUAUGAUGCUGAGAACGUAGACAAAUUGUGAUAUAUCUGUGAUAUAAUAUAGUCACCUAUCUAGAACACUGAAGGUCUGGGUGACCAAGUAGUAGCAGGAGGUGUCAGUAUAUUAAAAUCUUGCACUGUG